ACUUCCUGUUUUGUGUUAGUAAAGAAGGGGACAAAGCGCACGCGCAUCCAUCAAACUGGCAUUAGAUUAACAACUAUAUUAACAUUCUUUCAGAUUGAUCGGAUCGAUUAAUAUUAUCGCUAUCAUUCAUAGGAAGAUUUCUGGCGAACUGACUGAGAGAUUAAACAGAAGUCAGUGGAAUGUCUGCAAUAAAGGCAGAAGAUGCAGCCAAUGGGAAGAGCACAGCUAACGGAGGAGGAGGAGCCAUGUAUGAAGAGGGAGGAGUUACAGUCCUCAGACCUACAGAUCUCUCUGAGAUGUUGGCUGCGGGAACCAAAGAAGUUCACGAGAAGGCCGAAAACACCCAGUUUGUGAAGGAUUUCCUGAGGGGACGAAUUCGUAAAGAGCUUUUUAAGCUUGGUCACGUGGCUUUAUACUUCACUUACGCUGCUAUGGAAGAGGAGAUCGAGAGGAAUAAAGAUCACCCACAGUUCGCUCCCCUUUACUUUCCCAACGAGCUCAAUCGUCGGGAUGCUCUGGCUCGGGAUCUGGAAUACUUCUACGGUGAAGACUGGGAAACUCAGAUCAGCUGCUCUCCGGCCACUGAACGUUACGUGAGUCGCAUCCACGAGAUCGGCCGGGAGGAUCCUGUGCUCCUGGUGGCUCACGCUUACACCCGCUAUAUGGGUGACCUCUCGGGCGGUCAGGUGUUGAGGAAGGUCGCCCAGCGGGCUAUGAAACUGCCGCCCACUGGAGAAGGGCUGAACUUCUAUCAGUUUGAUGGCAUCCACAACGCCAAAGCUUUUAAGCAGCUGUACCGUAGCCGUAUGAAUGAGCUGGAGCUGGACGUGACCACCAAAGAGAAGGUCGUGGAGGAAGCCAUCCGUGCCUUCAACUUUAACAUGGAGGUUUUUGGGGAACUAGCCGAGGUUGGAAAAACCCUUCAGGAUGACGUUUUGGAUUCAGCUCCCGUUCAUGGUGAAAUGCAGGGAGACAUCAGCCAGUGUCCGUACUACGCUGCCAAAGCGGCUGCUUCUGGAGGAUCGGCUUGUAUUUUUCAAAUGGCCGUUAGCGUGCUCAAAAGUCCGUCCGGUCAAGUCCUGUUGGCUGCCUGGAUCGCCGCUUUAGCCGGAUUUGCUGCUUGGUACCUCAUGUGACCUGAUGAGAAGAGGACGUUGUCGGAUAGUAAAGAAAACCUUGCACAACAUUUAGUCCACAUAUCUGCUUUAAAACUGUGAGGCACCUUGAAACGAUUCAGUGAACCUCAUUUGCCUGCUCGGGUAACUCUUAACAUUUACUCUUUUAGUGGUCUGUUUUGACAUUCUUUACUUUUUAAACUCAGUGUUCAUUGAAUAUGAAGUUAAGGGUGCAGAGCUGCAGGAAAAAGCAUAGCGUUAUUUUUAUAGAGAGAAGUUUUAUUGUAGUAGACUCGAGUACUAAGUCCAAACAUGGUACUGAAUGGAAAAACAAGAUCGAUUACAUCGUCAUUCAGAACGUACUGUAAUUUAUUGCGCUAUUUAUUGCGUCACCAAGGUGUGUUUUUUAAUACUGUAGUUAACUUUCUGUAUUGUAACGCAUCUGAUUGACUAGGUAUUGCAUUUCUCCUUUGUAUACACAAAAACACAUAAUAUUAAGUAUAGCUAUACAACGGGACCAGGCGCUUGCAAUGUCUUGACCAAACACUGCAUAAAAUAUUUAGAUUUGCAUUGAGGAAAGACAUUUUCCAUAGGCCAAGCAUGAUUUGUAAUUAAACAUAGUAUGCGUUACUGCGGCAGUACAUCUGCGUUACUGAAGGCCAAAUUUAAUCGGCUAUCAAACGGUUAAUGAAAACAUUACACAGUAUAAACAGACUCUGAUUCAGAGUCAUUCCAUUUCAGAUUUAAUAUCACUUAUAGCAGAUAUCUCAAGACCGUUUUUACCAGUGGCUGUCCCAUGUGGGAUGUGUAAAGCACAGAAUUACUAAUGGCUUAUGCAAUGGCAAUUAAAACAAGCAAAAAAACACUGAAAGCAAAAAAUGCAUUGCAUUUGUGUUUGUUGAUAGAGUUUGGUAUCUGGGCACAGUAUGCAAUAGUCUGAUGGCUUAUAUGGUUUUACCAGGGAUCACAGAAUUAAAGAAACAUCAUUUAAAAAGUAUUUUAAAAGGAGCAAUACUGUAUUUGUACAACCCAGCAAGCAAUUUCACAUUUGAAAGCUGUUUAAUAGCAGUCUAAGCUCAAAAUUUGGGCAGUCAGUUAAAAUGGACGAAAAUGACGGCUAUUGCUUGCUGGGAAGCUAGUAUUUAGAGUAGUAGGCUACCUUUGUCUCCAAAGGUGAUUUAUUGGUAUUAAACCAUUGAUUUAAUUUGAUAUUAUUGGACGUAACAGGAUGCAAUAAUUCAUUAACACUUAACCCAUCACAGCACUGUGAUAUAUACAGUAACACACUGAGGAUUGUGUAUGUUUGACUGUAAGUGUGGACCAUAUGUCUUUUGAUCUAUGUAGCUUUAUAGAAAUAAGAUUGUUACCUAAUUAUACUGAUAAAAGGUGUUUUAAUCACCAAAUCCUCGGGUCUGUACAUGUAUGGCUUUAAACAGGGCUUGAUCUUUUUUAACCAAAAGGAAAACACAGGAAACUUGCAAACUGUAAUACAGGUCACAAUGUAUUUAAAGUAUUUUGCAUAAAUUGGUUUUACGAUAACUUAUUUUGUCUUUAGUUAUGAAAAAUUGGUUUUUAAAUCAAAGGACAGAAUUGUUGUUGGUUUAUCUGGACUGUGUUUGAAAUAGGAGACUAGCUUACUAAAUGAAUGCUGCACAGGACACACUACUGCAGUGCAUACUAUUGUCAAAAAUAGUAUAUGAAAGUCGGUUGUGUGCUACAUUGUUGACCUCAUCACUUGACGUGUGGCAUCCAGUUAUCAUCUCUGAAUAAAAAAAAAAAAACUUUAAUUCA